AAUAUAUUACUUUGCAAUUUCUUUCCCCACAAAUUGAUCCAGAUGUUCGUUACAUUUCUUCGAAGAUAACUAUCGGCUGUUAGCUAAUGGCACGUGCGAAUAGAUGAAUGAAAGUUUACGAGGAUAGUAAGAACAGGUCAAUCUGCCAAUUGACCAGGCAGAGUCAAUGGUCGGUAUCGUAAGAACGGACCUCUGGAUCAUGUACCUCCCUUAACGUUCGCACCCACACAAAGCGAGUGCCGAGUAUCUUCGUCGAGGAGAAUUAGCCGCAAGCGGAGUGCAGCAGAUAAGGGUGCUCAUGGCUCGUAGUGGGGGAUGGUUAACUCUAGAGUGGCCGUUCGGAGUCAGUUGCUCUUAUGCUCGCCAGCCAUCAACAGUGUUGCGUAUCGCCCGAUCGUAUUGUUCGCCGCGCGACUGAAGUGUCACUGACUGUCAAGGUACUACAAGUACGAAUAGUAAAAUCUGAAAUACACGUGUAAUGAGAAAUCUACGAAACAAUCGUGACAAUUGCAAAUUUUAGUGAAAAAAAAAAGAAAAAUGGACAAGCAGAAUGUGCCCGGACUCAGUGAUUCUUUACGCCUGAAUCACGACGAAAGUGACAGAAGAUGAAUGAUUUUGUGCAUUCCGCAUGAUCGAUAACUUUGAAACUGAAUCUGUAUGCAAUCGCGUGAUAUUUUGCAAUGCUAAAAUCGCAGUUUAAAUUGAUAAACUUUGUGCAAAAACAAGAUAGUCGCUCUACGCAGUUGACUGAAGCGACAAUCGUUGCACGUUACUUAUCACUCGAUGAUUUUAUUGAUGAUCGAAUAUUGAAAGAAACUACACGCCAAAGAAGAUUGAUGUUAGUUUUUCUUCUUAGAUGAAACCGGAUGCAUGUAUGCGUCACUUCUCAUGCGUUAGUUCUUGUCGAGAGACGUAAUCGUGAAAAAUAUCGCAAUCGAUGAGAAAAAGAUGUUUAAAAAUAAUAUUGGAAGAUAAAACUUAAGAAGUUCAUGACUUAAGCAUCUUCUUCGUGAAGAAGGACUUUCUCGAUAACAAAAAAGAUCGAUAACGAUGUUCGCAAAUAAUUUCACACUGGAUUUCAUUGCUAUUUAAAUGAUUUAUAACAACAUCGAUUUCUAAUAAUUAGAUAACCCAAUUCCUCGAAAUUUUCUUCGAAAGCCCGGACUCCAGAUUUUUUCCACAUAUUUAACGAAAGUAAUCAAUUUGAUCGCAACUUCAUCGCAUUUGCUGAUGCGCACACAUUUUCGAGUGACAACGACGAUUUACGUUGCGAUCCGUUUCAGAAGAUCUACCGAGAGACAUGAGAAAGCAUCGAACGUUAAUCGAUUAGCACAGUCUGGAAAUUGAGAAGAUCGAGAAGAUCGAGAAGGCGUGAUGAUUAUUGAUAGCUGAAUCGGCGACCGAGAAUCGCGCGGAAGCUGAUCAAACGCAAGAAUUUACGGGGGGGGGGAGGGGAUUAUUAUGUUAGGAACGGGACUAUGCGUUUUGGUGAAGCUGUUGGUGCUGGCGGGGGUGGCCGUGGCGCUCCUGCCAGAGGAUCUGGAGGAUCGUGUCGUUCCGACCAGCCUCCAGGAGGAAUGCGCUUCCAAGUGCCCGGACCUGGAUCUUAUGCAGAAUCGAACGGACGACUUGAGUUCGGAAGUGGGAUGCGGAGUGAAAUGUAAGAUCGAUCAGUGCACAAAAGGCUGCGAAACAUGGAAACAAGCGCUCGACACAAGCUGCCAAGCUGUUUGCAAUGGAACGCAAGAACUGCUCCCGCCGAAAGAAUUAUAUUGCGUCUUGGGCUGCCACGACGCGUUAAAUCGUUACUUCCAGCAGCUCAAAGCGGAAAUCGGCACUCCACCGGCACCAGCAUUGGUCGCGGAUUCUUUGACGGCGACCUCGCUCAGCCUCGAAUGGAAAGGCGUUGGUAUAGAUAAACGCGCCGGAGGCAUAUCAUACUUGGUGCAAUGGAGAUACGAAGAGCUAGCUGAGACAUGGCAGUAUUGCAGGAAUCAAUCAUGGGGCGAAGGUGAUCAAAUACUAGUCGAAAAUCUGCAGCCAUACACGAAGUACAGGUUUCGCGUUGCGCUGCUCCUGAAAUCGUCGCAGCACAAUCCGGAGCCGAUCGUGUCAGCGCCGAGUGUGGUAAUAUUAACAUGUCCGGCCGGUUUACCUACAUCAGCACCGGUAAUUGUAAGAGCGGCGGCGGUAGACAGCUACCGCGUAUCUGUAUCUUGGGAACCGGGCCCAUUCUCGAACGGGCCACUUUUGUCCUAUGUCCUGCGUCUGCAAAGGGCUGAACAUACCCAGCUUAAGGAUAUCCCAGUCACCGAGAACAGCAAUCACUACAUGUUUCAAAAUCUCGAACCUAAUCAGAAUUAUUCUGUAAGUGUGACUAUGAGAAAUGGAGUUGGCGAGGGUCCACCCGCAAUUAUCUACAUUUCUACAACUCGAGAACCUACCGUCAAGGAUACACAACAGCCGAUUCUCAUUCUCGGUGGCGAGCACAUGGUCAUGAUGCAAGCCGCCGAUAUGUUGGACGAGCCUAGUGUCGUUUACGAGACCGAGAGUGUGAUCCGUGGAGUGGCAAUACACGUGGCAUCCGCUCAAUUAUUCGUUUCCACUUCGAUGGGUUACGUGUAUCGUACCUCGAUAUCGCUUGCCAAGCGAUCGGAAGCGGAAGCCAUUCUGAGUCCUGGUCGAGUGAACUUCAAACCAUUUAGUCUUUCCGUUGACUGGCUGAAUCUUCACUUAUAUGUGUUGGGAGAGAUAAAACACGCGACCACAGUAUGGCAAAUAGCCAGAUGCAAUUUGGAUGGCAAAGGUUUGACAGUAGCUAUUUCUGGAUUCUUAACCCGGCCCUCGCAUAUCGAAGUCGAUCCUUACAAUGGGUAUAUCUUCUGGAUCACUAAAGUAGGAUUGUAUAGAUUAGAUCUGGCUAAUAUCAGCAACGGUGUGAAACACGAGGUUCAACCAUAUUUAAUUCUUGAGGAUGCAAACUUGGGUGCUUUCACGGUAGAUCAUAUGAAUUUUCGAUUACUUGUUCCUCAUCACACUAAAAAUACAGUGCUAUCGGUGACACUGGAUGGCCGUGAAAUUUAUGAUUUGCGCUCCAAUACACAAAAACCAAAAUUCAAUAACGUUGUUUCUUUAGCUAUGGCAAAUGGUUUAUUUUAUUGGACUAAUGGUGAAGAUGUUCUUACCGAAGGCUAUCAUCAAAAUAGAUAUUUUCACAAUUCCUAUCUUAACAGGCCCGACACUUUCUUCGUCAGUGUGAACGUAUUGAUGAAUGCAAGCCAACCCGUUCCCGCUCCAGUAAAUCCACCUACGGGAGUACAAGCUGUCCUAGGAGCGGAAAGGGCAAAGGUCUCCUGGCAAGCUCCUCAUUUACUAGGUUAUCAAGGAAAGGGCGCUUGGCAAGACUGGUCAUAUGAGCUUGAAAUUAUAGACGAAUCGACUGGUGAAACUAUUCAUCAGAAAGAUAUCGUUGGACUGUCACAUACUGUUUAUAACUUGCGAGAAAAAUCGGAAUAUUCAAUCAAAGCUGCGGCAUAUACGGACGCUGGUAGAGGACCAUGGUCCACAGAGUUUCGCGGGCGAACUUUAAGAGAUGGUUCGCACGCGUCUAUCUUGUGGUCGUCGAACGAGGGACUUUUGAGGAGUGACGUAACCGGAGAAAAUAUAGAUACGCUCGUUUCUAAGACAAGUUUGAAGGAGUCCGAGAGCGAAUUCCACAUCGUUGACGUUAGUUGGUACAAGGAUGUGCUGUACAUAGUAGGAAAUAAUUCCGUGCUAUAUCGUUAUAAUGUUAACAAUCAUCAAAAGAUGAAGCUUAACAUUCAUUCGGUGGGAAGUGUCGCCGUGGACUGGUUAUCAAAAAAGCUGUAUUGGGCAAAUCCAAAGCAACAGAUAAUAACAAGAGCAAACUUGGAUGGAUCUCAACAAGAGCCGAUGUCUAUCAUAGCAAUCGUGAAAGAACUCAUGAUCGACUCUUUAGAAGCAUAUUUGUAUUGGUCUACUGGUCACGCUGUGGAAGUUGUACGAUUAAAUGGGCAGAACAAGAGAUACUAUCAUUCGGACGAAAUUUUUAAUGGCAAACAAGUGAUGGGACUCACGCUCGACACGGAAAAUAGAUACGUUUAUUGGAUAGUUCGAAGUUACGAAAGUGGAUCCAUCGUUUAUCGAGCACCCACAUCCGAAAGAAUUCCAAUGAAUCAGAAAAUCAUUCCGGAAAAGGUUUCUACUUUGAAAGAUCCAAAUGUGCAAGGACCUCUAUGUUAUUUCUCCGAACACCUGCUAUGGCUGCAGGAUGGUACGAAUGCGGUAAUCGGCGAUCUCUCCGGUCAAAACACUGCCGUAAUCAAUGGAAUCACUUUAUCCGGUUUACAUAUGGUGGCUGUCAUGGAUCCCGCGCUUCAUCAAUACCCAAAGAAUUUAACAUCAGAAACCGUAGUGGUUGCACCAAAUGCUGUCGACUAUAAUAGCAUAAGAGUCGAAGGAAUUUGGAGGAAUUUUAGCAUAUCGUGGGAUCCAGUGAAAAACGUUAAUUAUGGCACGGUUUUCUAUGAAGUAAAGUUCGCGGAUUACAUUAAUACGAAUUCGAAUCCGGAGAUCACAAUCGAAACGACAAUACCAUAUAACAACUCGAACCAGAUCCUCCCUUAUUCCGUCCUAGAAGUUACUAUAAAAGCUUUUACUUAUUGGGAAACGGCGCAUAAUACGCGGAAGAUUUUGAGGUCGCCACAGAGUGUGCCGACUCAGCCGACGUUUCCUAGAGCAUACGUGGACAAAGAGUUCCGCCAUGAGUUCAUGACGGAUGAUCGUCUCGUAAUAUUUAGAUGGAAUCAACCUCAGUUUACAAACGGAGUAAUUCAAGGAUACAUGGUACAAUGUUGGUUCAUCGAGGACCGGGAAGAAAUUGAAAUUUGCAACGAUCAAAGCAUCCCAGCUUGGACAUUGGAGUACACAGUACGGAAUCUAAGACGCAACAUGACAUAUUAUUUUCGAGUACGAGCACAUACCAAAAUUGGUGCUGGUCCUUACACAGAUGUAAUUAACGUGUCGACUACGUAUGAGAAUCCGGUGCCUCAGUUAUUAGUCGCUACCGCGGAUGCUGUAAGAAUAUCCGAUUUGGAUCGAGAGAUCAAUAACACGCUCACCAGGCAUAGCGCCACAGAUGUUAAUUAUCUGGAAAUUGAAAACGAUAUUUAUUGGAUUAGUGAGAUGCAGGAAUUAGUGACGUCGGAAAUCAACGGAGCCAACGUCACAAAAAUACUUAGCUUGAACAAUACCGCGCACAGCCUCUGCAUCGACUGGGUAGCAAGAAAUCUGUAUUGGACGGAAUACGAAUAUAACAGUAGCAAUCCAUGGAAAAGCAGUGGUAAUAUCAUGAAACUGGACUUAACAAUAUGGAAAACUGGCGAAGUUAAAUACAAUAAUAUCAUAAAAAGAGCAAGAUAUAUUCCUGUUUUAGAUGUAGUGCCGUCUUUGGGAUCUUUAUACUGGAUCGAAGCGACGAAUGAUCGAGGUAUAAUAAUGCAAUCAGACCUCGACGGAGGAAAUGUACAACCAUUUUUCAAAAAUAUAAAUAAUACAUGUACCUGCCCAUUUGGCUCAUCGGUAAUGCCCAGGAUGACGCUUGAUAAAACCAAUAUACAGAAACCGGUAAUAUACUGGGUAUCGAUGGAAGGGCAUUUAAACGUAGCUGACAUUCAUGGUUGCAUGUGCAAUGUCGUAUUGAGUGCAGACUUCAAAACAGCAACUCUCGCUUCUCUUACGGUUGACAAGAUAAAUAUUUACUGGUCCAACAUAAUGGAAAAUCGAAUCUAUUUCAUGAAAAAGGAGUAUCCUUUCCGUAUGAGCAAGAAAAAUAUGUCCAAACCGGAACUAAAGAGUCUCUAUCUAUCUAAUGUACGUCACAUCACAGCCUUCGGCAAAUCCCUGCAAGCUUAUCCUACAACAAAAUGUUUAAUACCUCGCCAAAAAGCAUACACUAUCGAGCAAGUAAAUGCAACAGCGACUAGUAUCAUCGUUAAUCUCCCGGAGGUGAGUCCUGAGAUCGAUUGCGAGAAAUACAGUCUACCCAGCACGCUGUACAUUAUUCACGUGCUCCACUGUUUGAAAGAGUGCGAAGGUUUCGAGCUGCGGACAUACGAGCGACGAAAUUACGAGAUUCAGAAUCUAAAGCCGUUUACGGAGUACAAGUUGCAGUUGAUACUUAGCAAUGUUUACAUCAAACAAUUUGAACUGUCUACCUUAUCAGGUCAGGAUGUGAUCCUGAUGACUAGUCCAGGCAAACCUGACGCACCAGAGAACUUUACGGUUCAAGAGUUGACGCCAACCCUUGCGGCGGUUUAUUGGCUGCCGCCCAAAGUAUUGAAUUGUGCGGCUGUGCACUAUGAGGUGCACUGGAUAUUCUUGGUAAACGGGGUUCGACAGAAGGGCGAACAGCUAAUCAAGGAGCUCGAGCGCACGGAAGAUGGCAGAUUCUUUACGAUACUGAAGCCGUUUCUGCCUGACCAGGACUAUCUAGUAUACAUGCGUGUGUAUCCCGUCAACUUCAGCAAUUUAUACAACGAGACUUUUACGAAAACUAUUCGUAUGUACUCGGAACCGAACAAUUUAACUGUGAGCGGAAUCAGCGUUAACAGUAUAAACAUCUCUUGGAUCCCGAGUGACAAUCUGACAGUCGAUUACAGACUGGAGUACAAGGAUGUUGCGAUAGACACGUGGCAAAUCGUAGAUAGCUUUGAGGUGAAACAAGACAAAGUGAUAUAUCAUGUAAGAGAUUUACAACCGCGUACGUUGUACAAAUUUCGCUUGAUACUAAGAUAUCCCGCGUACAAGGAAGACUUUAUAUGGCCGUCUGAUGGGAGAUUUACGUUUCAAACGCUAGGAGAUGUCCCGAGCGCUCCUGGAAAACCUACGGUAACGAAACUUCGAAAUUCGGUAUACCAAUUAAAUUGGGAACCUGCACAAGCUCAUGGUUCGCAAAUAACUUUGUAUCGAUUGGAAGGCUUAAUUACUGAUGACAAUAACAAACAAGAUAACGAAGCCGAUGAGAACUGGAAUUUAUAUUAUAACGGAACGGAUAAUUACUGGAUAAUUACCGGAGACAUGGAUCAGAAAUAUAUAAAAUUUCGCGUGCGAGCUAAAAAUGCUUAUGGUUUCGGCGCUUGGAGUGAAUCAAGCUCGAUCAUUGAUCUAACAGAAUCUACCGGAGGAUUAAUAAAUAUAAGUACACAACAGCAAUUACCGUUAAUGUUAGGCGCCAUAGUGAUUGUUAUCAUAAUGCUAGCCUGCUUCUGCUAUUUUUUCUGCCUUUACCAACAACGCAAAGAAGAUAAAAAGACGGUUCUACCUCCAAUAAUAUCCGAUGUCGAAUUAGCAACUCUUCGCGAAAUACCUCGCGGGAACUUCGUUCAAUCCAAUGCAUUAUACUCUUCUACAUUGCAAAAUGAUCCGGAUGAUUCUGCAUUGCCUAAAAUCAAACAAGAACAAAUCACAUUAGCAAAAUUUUUAGGCAGUGGUGCAUUCGGAAAGGUAUUUCAGGGAAAUGCGAAGGAUUUAGAAGGACCGGGCAUAACGCCCGUCGCCAUAAAGAUGUUGCGAAAGGAUGCUUCUUCGCAAGAGAAGACGGAAUUUUUGCAAGAAGCGAGACUUAUGAGCCAUUUUCGACAUAAGCAUGUACUAAGACUGCUAGGCGUUUGUUUGGAUACCGAUCCUCCCUUACUCGUAUUAGAAUUAAUGGAAGCUGGUGAUCUGUUGAGUUAUUUGAGAGAAAGUCGAUCCUUGCAACCCACAGAUUCGCACGCUCUGCGUCUACAAGAUUUACUUGCUAUGUGUGAAGACGUUGCGCGAGGCUGUCGUUAUCUAGAAGAAUUGCAUUUCGUGCACAGAGAUCUUGCAUGCAGGAAUUGUUUAGUGUCAGCGAGGGAUCGCGAGAAUCGUGUUGUAAAAAUUGGUGACUUUGGAUUAGCUAGAGAUAUUUACAAGAACGAUUAUUAUCGCAAGGAAGGAGAAGGCCUGUUACCUGUUCGCUGGAUGGCACCGGAAUCCUUGGUAGACGGAAUAUUUACUUCACAAAGUGACGUUUGGGCAUUUGGCGUGCUAAUAUGGGAAAUUACGUCGUUGGGUCAGCAACCUUAUCCUGCCAGAACUAAUCUCGAAGUAUUACAUUACGUACGUGCGGGCGGCAGGCUGUCGAAACCCCUCAAUUGUCCAUCGACGUUGCAUCAAUUGAUGAUGCGUUGCUGGAGCGCAGCGGACGCUAGACCAAGCUUUAAGAUUUGCCUGGAAAACAUCGUCGCCUUGAGAAGCAAUAUAGAAGACGCAAUAUUGAGUCCAGUGCAUACUGGACAUUAUUUAACCCGCAGAGGCGUGUCUAACAUGGCUUACUUUGCUGACAAGAAUCAAAAUCAUAACAAUUCAGGAAACUCCUGGAAAUCCAGUAGCUCCGAAGGAAGCCGAGAUAUGCAACCUUUUCUCCAAAACUCGAACUAUGCCAUGCUCAACCCACAAUCCGGCGAGGUUCCAAAGUAUCUAGAAUUAUUAGCGGAUAACGAGGAUAUCUCAAAAGAAAAUCCUACGAGUGGUUACGAAGUACCUCGUUCGAGUCACAUCUCAGAUCAGAAUUUAGCAAAUAUAAACAGGAUUAAUUGCACGAAUCAAGAUCGUAAGUGCAGUUUAUCCAUUGAGACCACACAGGAAUGUAAGGAACAUUCUACAGGAGAACAAAAGCAAUCUGAUGGAAAAUUAUAUCAAAAGAGAUCAUCGAUCACUAGUCUGAAUUUGCCAGAUCCAAAAGAUGCAUCGUUUUCGGGAGUACCAGAAAAAUACAACACAUUGGACAGCUCGAAGUUAGUGAAUUCAAUUGCAAAGGCGACACUGAAUAGGGACUCUUUCUCGUCUUUAAACGGACGAAAAUACAGAAUUGACUUGAGCGAGCGAAGGGAUUCUGAGACGAGCAUCGAGGGUAGAAGCUCCAGUUCGCACAGCUUGGCGCCUUCUACACGUCCUAGUUCCUCUUUGAUCAAUUCGCAGACAGCCCUUCCAUGUCUGAAAAUUAACGUUCUCGCGAACGUUGCAGGAAGUGGAGAAGUGCUUUCGAAUGAGAGCGCAGUGACAAAAAAUACGUUACCAAAGAUCCAAAAGACUCACUCGAACUUGCAGAAUGGCAAGGCAAAUAUACCACUCGUGAUAAAUAGCGCGUUGUUGAAUCUGCUGCGACAGACGCCUGUAGUUGAGGAGGGCAAUAACAUAGUCACAUAUACAAAUAUAAAUGUGGACGCUGUCAGAGUGAACGGAUCGUGAAUCGCUGAUCGUAGCGGAUCUAAAAUGAGAUUCCUAUAAAUAAUAUAUUUUUGAAUUUACAAGUAAGUCGAUAAUUAAAUGUUCUGAGUUACACUCAUGAAUAGAGCUAUACGACUUGGGACAACAAAUAAUUACAUGACAAUAAAUUCUAGAUCAUUAUGAGGUACUAUUUUUAAUAACGUUUUUUCUUUGUAAUUUCUAUGAUAGGCGUAUUUAUCUAAGGUUUAUUCAGGAUUUGUUUUAUUAAUUUGUUGAAAGAUACAGCUAAUACGAUUUUGCUCAAAAAUUUUUCCUUUCUUUUCUUAGCACAGUGCCUUAAAUGAUGCAUAUUCAACAGAUUAAAAAACUCUGCUUAUAUUAUUAAAAUCCAAACAUUUUAUAUGUCAAGAAAAUAAAAAGUUGCAAAACGGAAUUAAAUAGCUUUAAACUGCCAUUAUAAUGUACAUAUAUAUAAACUUUUAUACUCAAAAAGUUAUGCAACUUAUGGCAGAUGGUUUUGUGACAAAUAGAUAUCGUUCGAUUUCAGUAAUAUAAUCGUGAACCUGUUAUUUAAUAUAAGAAUUAUAUGGUAAUGAAAGAUGAUAAAUGUGAAGUAUAGUUUAAUCUAAUAAUCACUACAUUUCAAAUAAUAUAUUUAUUGAAUAAUUUACGAAAUUCCUCACUGUUCAUUGUACAAAUUUCAUAGUUGAUAAUUAAAGAAUAACAUGGAAAGCUAUAUAAGAAAUUGUUAAGUUUUCUAUAUAGUUUUAAUAAUAUAAAAGUGUAUGUGUGUAUAAUCUUAUUUUGAAAAGAUAAGUUUUUGAAUGUAUAAAAUCUUGCGAAAUUUAUGCUAAUGGACUAAUGAUUAUGCUCGACUAUUUUUGUAAUUUCAAUUUGCUUUAUAUACAUAUAUAUGAAGAUUU